AUAAAUCAGAGCCUCUAAACCAAAGCUGAGAUUCCAUUUCUUCUCCUCAGCACCUCCUUCACUUACUUCUUCAAUGGCGGUUUCUGCUCAAGAUUGCUCGUCUUGUUCGCUACCUUCGCUGCUGUUGCUUUUCAUUUCUUCGACAUUGUUCGCCGUUGGAUUUUACGCCGCUCCGACUCACGCCUUGGACAUCGGAAUUCACGCGAACGCCGGCCUGAAUUUGCUUAAACAGUGCAGCAGAACAUGCGAAUCGUCGUUCUGUGAAGCACCUCCAUUUUUGAGAUACGGAAAAUACUGUGGAUUGUUGUACAGCGGAUGUCCUGGAGAGCAGCCGUGCGAUCGAUUGGACGCUUGCUGUAUGCAUCACGAUCAGUGUAUAGCCAAGAUGGGAAAUGAUUACUUGAGCCAAGAAUGCAACAAAGCAUUCCUUCAUUGCGUGGAGGUGUUCAAGAAAUCUGGGGAGAUCUCCUUCAAGGGCAAUACCUGCGAUGUCGAUCAAGUCGUCUCCGCCAUUAACCACGCCAUGCGAGCUGCCAUUCUUGCCGGUAGGGUUCUUGGUAAGCCCUAAAUUAUACUAUAUGCUCUUUCUAGUUUUAUUUUACUGUCUUCAAUAUUUAGACAUGCAUCUUUUUUCUUUUUCUUUUUUUUUCCUUUUUUUUUUUCUUUUAAAUGUAAUCAAUUGUUAAGAUAUAUGAAUAUGUAUGUAUUUGUUGCUUGUCGGAAUUUGUGAUUCUUUAUUGUCAUUUCAGUGUGUUCUGGUAUAGUUUGUCGCACAUGAUUCACCUAAUAUGAUAAUUCGACUUGUUAAC